GAUUGUUACAGGAACUUUGCAUUUCCCCAACGUGUUGCUGACUUAAAAACAAAAAGCUUUUUCUGAAAUAUUAUUAAAGCUGCUCUGGUCGGUAAGAGUCCAUACCAAAGAGUCAAAGCAAUGCAGAAUCAGACAUAUUUCACCACUGCCAGUGCUACCACAGACAUGGACUACAAUGAAACUGAUUACUCUGAUGAAGGAAUUAUAUUGCUGUGUGAAGAUAAUUCACAUACACUGGGAGGUGUAUUUACAUCAGUUUUUUUCUACUUGGUCUUUUUUCUCAGUCUAAUUGGAAAUGGUCUGGUUUUGUGCGCUCUUGUGAGAUACGAGGACUUUAAAAAGGUAACAAACAUAUUUAUUCUAAACUUGGCCAUCUCUGACCUGGUGUUUGCCUUCUCUCUUCCAUUCUGGGCAUUCUACCAUUCAUACCAUUGGAUCUUUGGACGCUUUAUGUGCAAACUCUUGAGUGGAAUGUAUUUUAUUGGCUUCUACAGCUGUAUGAUGUUUCUAAUGGUGAUGACUAUCCAUCGUUAUUUGACAGUGGUUCAUAAUGUAUCUACUACGAGGCUAAGGAGAACAUGGCAUGCCUGUUUGGCAAGUGCUGUCAUCUGGUUCAUCAGUAUAGCAGCUGCUAUCCCAGAAAUGAUCUUAACUGAUACAACAAAGGACAUUGAUGAGAACGAUAUGUGUGAAGAAACAAUGUUUUCAGGGGAGAACAAAGUUACUCUGCAGAUACUGGGAUAUUAUCUGCAAAUUGUGUUUUUCUUUUUGCUUCCAUUUGCUGUUAUUGUGUACUGCUACUACAGGAUUUUAAAGACGGUGGUUACCUGUAGAAUAAGGAGGAAAUACAAGGCUGUAAAACUAAUAUUAACCACUGUUGUAGUAUUCUUUCUUUGUUGGGCUCCAUAUAACCUAAUUAUAUUACUUAUGUCACUUAAGCUGCUUGAAGUAUCUCCAUUGACAGAAUGUGAUGUUGGAAUAAUGCUUAACUAUUCCUUUUACAUCUGUCGCAACAUAGCUUACUUUCACUGCUGCCUCAAUCCUUGGUUUUAUGUCUUUGCUGUGGUAAAGUUCCGAAGACACUUGGCUUCUCUUACAAGAUGCUCCUUUUCAAAUUAUAGAUUUAGGGAGCCUAACUUAAAUUCUGUAAACAGUGCACCUAGAAGCUCAAUAUUUUCUGACAAACCAUUAACUCUUUCAAGGAUAAACAGCAGAAUAGAUUCACAAUCAAAAUAAAUACUGGGGCCAAGAUAAGUUUUAAUUUGUAAUCAUCCUGACAAAGUAAUGACUGACUUAGCCCUGGCUUUUAGCAGAUGUUUUCUAAAGCACCUUCUAUGUUGCUUUGUCUAAUGGCUUUUGAUAGUGCUGAUGACCACUAUCAACUCUUGAAGGCUUGUCACAUAACAUCUCAUGGAGAACAUGGUGCCUAUACAGUACAUUUCAGAUAACUUCAGAUUAGCAUUAAACAUCUCCAGUUCUACAUUAUGAAGUCUAGUGAUCUACUGAUGAACAUAUAAUCACUGUGGCAACAGACUGCUACAGAGACUGUCUGUAAGUGCUGUUUUAUGUGCACAGUAAAACAAAUACAUGUGAAACCAUUUUUUCUCCCUGGUUAGAACAAAAACAAAGGCUAUUUACUUUCAUUAUAUUAUUUUUGUAUUAUAUUUUGUUAAUGUGGUGAUAGUAAGCAGAGGGGGGCAUUAACAGGAGUGAUAUUAAGCUGAUUUGACUGUAUUUUACUCUUGAGAUUCUUUAUAUAGUAACCCGGCCAUGGAGCUUUUACUUUUAUUAUUAUUAUUUGUUUAUUUAGCAGACGCCUUUAUCCAAGGCGACUUACAGAGACUAGGGUGUGUGAACGAUGCAUCAGCUGCAGAGUCACUUACAACAACGUCUCACCCGAAAGACAGAGCACAAGGAGGUUAAGUGACUUGCUCAGGGUCACACAAUGAGUCAGUGGCUGAGGUGGGAUUUGAACCGGGGACCUCUUGGUUACAAGGUUAUGCCUGUUUCUUUAACCACUGGACCACACAGCCUUUUAAAGUCCAUCAUCCUUGCAACAAAUUGUGCAUAUGACUUACUAUUCCCUAAAUAUACAAACAAGUAGUCCAUGAUCUGGUAAAAAUGAAUUGAUGUUAUUUUAGAAUAUGUUAUAUUGUGAUAAUAACAAUUUAUUGUCAUUUGUUUGUAACUGACCAUGCGUGAUUGGGUGCUGCAGUUGUCUUUCAAGACCCCAUGGAAAUGAGAUUUCUAUUGGUUCUCUUGAAACAUUGAAAUCAGAAUGUUGCAUUUACAGUACCAUCUGCAACAAUUUGUAUGAUAAUAUGUUGAGUGAGAUAUAGUCCUCAAUGGACUAAAGAAAUCAAUUGAAAAUAAUUGAAAUUACAAUAGAACUUAUCAUAGCUAAUUGAAAGAGGUUGAAGCAAAGUAAAUACAUCAAUAAACCUUACCUUUAAUAUGUAGUUGUCUCAUGUAAUAUUGUAGUUUAGAAGGAGGAGUUAAUAAUGUGAGAAACCUAUUUUUUUAUCCUGCAGAUUGAAGUUUGUACUGCGUUGUAAUAUCCUAAAGUGUUGUUUAUUGUGAAAGACUGAGCCAAUAUAACAUAGAAAAAGAAUGUCUCCCCGUGAACAGAUAUCACUGUAUUGUAAAACAAGACUACUUGUUGAAUUGUUUCAUUUUUUUCCCAUUAAUUAAAACUAAUAUUGAUGAUGUGUUGGUUUUUAUUCCCUUAUGGUUUCAUUUUUCAAGUCACUGUGUUCC